AUGGCGGCGGGGCGGCGGGCGCCGCGGGCCCUCGUCCCGCCCCUCUGCCGGGCCUUCGCGGGCGGCGGCGGGCGGCGGGCCCCGGAGCGCGGUGCGGAGCGCAGGGAAGCAGCGCCGAGCGGGGCCUCAGGGUUCUGCCCUCCGAGGAAAUCUUGCCAUGACUGGAUCGGACCCCCAGACCGACACUCAAACCUGCGACCCGUUCACUUCUACAUCCCGGAAAACGAGUCGCCGCUGGAGCGGAGGCUCCGGGAGUUAAGACAGGAAACGCAAGAGUGGAAUCAGCGGUUCUGGGCGGCUCAGAACUUGGCUUUCGCUAAGGAGAAGGAGGAGUUUAUUCACUCAAGACUCAGAGCGAAAGGCCUGGGCCCGAGAACUGGACCAGGUCAGAAGGCGACGCUGAGUGCAGAGGAGAUGGCCGACUUCUACAAGGGGUUUCUGAGUAAGAACUUCCAGAAGCACGUGCGCUACAACAGAGUGCAUGACGACAUGUCCACGAUGGUGUACAUCAAGGAAGACAAGCUGGAGAAGCUGACGCAGGAUGAGAUCAUCUCCAAGACAAAGCAAGUGAUUCAGGGGCUGGAGGCGCUCAAGAAUGAGCACAAUUCCAUUCUGCAGAGCCUGCUGGAGACGCUCAAGUGUCUGAAGAAGGAGGAUGAGAGCAACCUGGUGGAGGAGAAGUCCAGCAUGAUCCGGAAGUCCCUGGAGAUGCUGGAGCUCGGCCUGAGUGAGGCACAGGUUAUGAUGGCUUUGUCCAAUCACCUGAAUGCCGUGGAGUCGGAGAAGCAGAAGCUGCGGGCGCAGGUCCGUCGUCUGUGUCAGGAGAACCAGUGGCUGCGGGAUGAGCUGGCCAACACGCAGCAGAAGCUGCAGAAGAGCGAGCAGUCCGUGGCUCAGCUGGAGGAGGAGAAGAAGCACCUGGAGUUCAUGAAUCAGCUCAAGAAGUAUGACGACGACAUUUCCCCGUCGGAGGACAAAGACACGGAUUCCACCAAAGAGCCUCUGGAUGACCUUUUCCCCAACGAUGAAGACGACCCAGGUCAAGGAAUCCAGCAGCAGCACAGUAGCGCCGCGGCGGCUGCCCAGCAGGGCGGCUACGAGAUCCCUGCGCGGCUCCGCACACUGCACAACCUGGUGAUCCAGUACGCUUCGCAGGGGCGCUACGAGGUGGCUGUGCCACUCUGCAAGCAAGCCCUGGAGGACCUGGAGAAGACCUCCGGACACGACCACCCUGACGUGGCCACCAUGCUAAACAUCCUGGCCCUGGUGUACAGAGACCAGAACAAGUACAAGGACGCAGCCAACCUGCUCAACGACGCCUUGGCCAUCCGGGAGAAGACCCUGGGCAGAGACCACCCUGCGGUGGCGGCGACCCUGAACAACCUGGCUGUCCUUUACGGAAAGAGAGGGAAGUACAAGGAAGCCGAGCCGCUGUGCAAGAGAGCCCUGGAGAUCAGAGAGAAGGUUUUGGGCAAGGAUCACCCUGAUGUCGCCAAGCAGUUGAAUAACCUGGCCUUGCUGUGCCAGAACCAGGGCAAGUAUGAGGAAGUGGAGUAUUACUACCAGCGGGCCCUGGAGAUAUACCAGACGAAGCUGGGCCCCGAUGACCCCAACGUGGCCAAGACGAAAAAUAACCUGGCUUCCUGCUACCUGAAACAAGGGAAGUUCAAGCAAGCAGAAACACUGUAUAAGGAGAUCCUCACUCGGGCGCACGAGAGGGAGUUCGGAUCUGUGGACGAUGAAAACAAGCCCAUCUGGAUGCACGCCGAAGAGAGAGAGGAGUGCAAAGGAAAGCAGAAGGACGGGGCGUCUUUCGGAGAGUAUGGCGGAUGGUACAAAGCCUGCAAAGUCGACAGCCCCACGGUCACGACCACCUUGAAGAACCUCGGAGCACUUUACAGACGUCAAGGCAAAUUCGAAGCUGCAGAGACACUGGAGGAAGCUGCCAUGAGGUCACGCAGACAGGGUCUUGACAAUGUUCACAAGCAGAGAGUGGCCGAGGUGCUCAACGACCCCGAGAACGUGGAGAAGCGCAGGAGCCGCGAGAGCCUCAAUGCGGACGUGGUCAAGUACGAGAGCGGCCCUGACGGAGGGGAGGAAGUGAGUAUGAGCGUAGAGUGGAACGGGAUGAGAAAAAUGAAGCUCGGGCUGGUUAAAUGACCUGCUCAGAUCCAUGGCCUAGCCGCCCGUGUGCCUCUCCGCCAUCCUGCAUGCCGGGCGGCGCUCCUCCAGCUCCCUCUCUCUCCAGCGCCGCCUGCUGUCUAGCCACCUAGGAUCUGUCAGACUGCACCUCUCUGACUGGCCACUCCUCUGGGUGCUGCUGUCCUCUGUGGGGUUCCUGACUCUGUAGCUUUGCCAGAUCUGUUCUUAGGAGUGUAACUGUAUUAAUAAGCCCAUUUACUUGUAAUACAUGCGUGUAAAAGCAGGUAGCUCCCAGUGUCACACAGGUGUCAGCCAUGGCAUGAGGCCCCUGCACGUGCUCCCCUCACUCAGACCCCGGGGCCCCCAGGAUUUGCUGAAGUAGCGUUUGCUGUGUAGUCUUUGUGUGAAAUGUUGGCAGUUCUGCUUUUCUCACUAAUCUUCAAGUGCUCAGUGGUUUGUGUAUUUGUGUCUUUCUAACUUCUAAUAAACUCACUCCGGCUGACCUGUGUCUCGUCUGUCUGCUCCUAGCACCUGCUCUCUGGGGGCGCAGGCUGGGGAGCUUCCGGAGGUGAUGGGGUUCCUGCUGUUAAUCCUACUAAGUGAUUCCUGCUAAGAAUAAAGGUUCUGUGUACACACUGCUCACCGUGUUCUUGAUUUUCAUGUUCAGACAGACUGGAUUGUGUUCGAUUGCUAAUGUCUGAAACUGUGGCCACAGCCGGGCCACCCCUUGCGGGUGUCUGGGAUUUUUGGUGACCUGCACAGUGAGCAGCUGGUUAGCUCCCCAGCCACGUGUAUGCUCACGUGCAGGGCAGGCAUCCUGGGAGGGUGCUGACGGGCAGAGCCUCUGGGCGCCGCUUAGCCGGCCUGUGGAGGGACGUGGCCUCCGUCAGGUCUCGGUGCCACGCCCGGCGGAUGCUCAUGUGGUAACGACACGGGGGAGGGUCUCCCCGAAAACAGCAGUGUUAGGAGUUCUCCUUCGGGGACCCGAUUCCUGCCAAGGAGCUUCUGGCCUUGAAGGUCGCGCAGCCUCGGGGCCGUGGGAUUCCUGGCGCGGGGCCUGGCCGCGGCGUCAC